CAUGGCGCCGCGCAACGCCUGCCGCCUCCUCAGCAGCAGGGCGCGCGGCUUCUACGCCAGAGACGCCGGAGUGGCGCACAGGGCCAACAUGGGGCUGCUGCGGAGCAUCGUGUGCCAGGAAAGUACUAAAUUCAAGAAUGUUUGGACAACUCAUUCUACAUCUCCUAUUGCUUAUGAAAGAGGAAGAAUUUACUUUGACAAUUACCGGUGCUGUAUUAGCAGCAUUGCACAAGAGCCAAGAAUACUUUACCAAAAGCCAAAGUCUCCUAAAUCAGAAAAAAUAGAAGAUGCUUUAUUAUUGGAAUGCUCACUGGGGGAGACACUGCCAAGUCCAUCAGACUAUAAAUCUUCCCUGGUAGUCUUAACAGCUCAGAACUGGCUUCUACGUCUUUCUGCUGAUAGUGGAGAAAUAUUGGAAAAAAUAUACCUUGCUGGUUCCUGUUGCAAAUUCAGAUACCUGAGCUGGGAUACACCUCAAGAGGUAAUGGUUAUAAAGUCAUCUCAGAAUAAGCUACCUGCAGCAGCACAGCAGGCAGGUAUCCAACAAUCUGCAUUGUUCCAUCUUGCUGUAUUCCAAGUUUUACCCCUUUCAUUUAUUGGAAUGUUAGAAAUAAACAAAAAGAUAUUUGGCAAUAGUGUGACGGAUGUUGCUGUUUCUAAUGGAGUUCUGAUCAUAAUGCAUAGUAUGGGUCUGGUCAGGCUCUAUAACUUCCAGGCCAUCUCUGAAAAGUUCAUGGAAGAGACAUUUGAUUUGGGAAACAAAUUCAACUGGAAUGGUCAAGUGGGAAUUGUAGGAAAGUAUCCGUUUGGUCUUCCGUGUAACAUUAAAAUAACAGAUACACCACCUUUGCUAUUUGAAGUAUCUUCCCUGGAGAAUGCAUUUCAAAUUGGAGGUUACCCUUGGCAUUAUAUCAUCACACCUAACAAGAAAAAACAUAAAGGAGUCUUCCAUAUUUGUUCUCUGAAAGACAAGACUUUGGCAAAAAAUGGCAUACAAGAUAUGAAAUGCUGUUCACUGGAACCUGAUUGGAUAUAUUUCCAUCCAGAUAUGUCAGGUAGAAUAAUCCACGCUGGACCAAAUUUGAUAAAAGUUUUGAAGUUUAAGGAGGUUGAAAAUAAUAUAACUCAAAUGGAAAUUGCAGAAGAUUUUAUGAUUGUUGCCAACAGAGAAAACAGUGUGGACAGUGCUGUUACUGUAACAGCUUCUGGUCGAGUGGUGAAAAAACGUUACAACUUGCUGGAUGAUGACCCAGAGCAAGAGACAUUUAAAAUUGUGGACUACGAAGAUGAACUGGAUUUGUUAUCCGUUGUAGCAGUUACUCAAAUAGGAGCUGAGGGAAGAGCUCAUCUUGAUUUUCAUUGUAAUGAUCGUGGGAUUCUGCUAAAGAGUAUUCCAUUACUUGAGUCCUGGGAUGUGACCUACAGUCAUGAAGUUUACUUUGACAGGGACAUUGUGUUACAUAUAGAACAGAAGCCGAACAGGAGAUUCAGUUGUUAUGUUUACCAAAUGGUCUGCAGUACUGCAGAAGAAGAGGAAUGCUCAAGCCAUGAAAAAAUGAGAAGAGUUUCUUGUAAAAAAGGAGGGAGACUUUUUGAAUAUUCUUAACUUACAGAGACUUGCCAUGUGGAUAUUAUUUAAGAACUUCAUAAAUUGGAAAUAGUAGACUCCUGUCUCUCAACCAGUGUUUUAUUUUAUGCUACUCUCUGAGCAUAAGAGGUUUUAUUUCUUUUUAUGUUUUUUUUUUUACACUGUGGUAUAACAUGGUAUACUUAUCUAUAGUCCAUAAUUGCCUUUUCAUGUAUUCACCAGUCGCUCAUCCUGCUGAGUAUAGCAUUUAUUGCUCCUGUUCAUCAACUGGAGUGAAAUACAGGAUAGCAAGAAGACAGACAGAUUAUCAACAGAUUCCUGUCUACUGUGUUCUGUCGUAGUUUUAUCCA